AUGGCUAUCACAACCGGUAUCUCAGGCCUUGAGGUCACUGUCGAGGUUGACGCAGUAGCGCUAUCAGAACACGAAUAUGCUGGUGUCGAGGACGGCGAGGUUACGACUUCAAUUACCAAAUACAUCGAAGCGCCACCAGCUAUCGACUUCUCUAUCCGCUAUCUUUAUCGUCCACCAUUCACCCCUCCUUCAGCAAUCCAAAUGGAUAUACUUCUGGAUGGCAACUACGUGCAAGCUCCGUUCAUUGAGUGGGGCGGUAAAGAAGGCUGCGAGGGAUACUUAUGCUCGAGAUCUACUUCGUCCGCUGAUGGACGUAGCUUUACUCAAGGCUUCCAAUUCGCCGAGCUAAAGACUAACGAGACCAAUACCCCGGUCACCAAAGAGGUUGCUGACCGGCUGACAACUACCGGUCGUAUCGUGCUUUACUUCUACUUGAUUGAGCAUCUAGAGGCAGUGGAGCCAGCCGAAGUACCUCAGCUUGCAAACAACGAGUUUGAUUCUCUCAGUGAACAGGCGUUGCACAAAACAGCUGCAGCACAGGGCGAUGAAUUGUCUCACCAAACUAGCCUCACUAUACCAGUACAGCGCGACAGCAUCACUUUUAACGAAGUAGAGACUACAGGAAAUGAGCCUUUUGCGACCUUCACUUUUCUCUAUAGAUCAAUUGAUGCGCUCAAGUCUAUUGGUAUUAUCCCACGUACUCCAAACCCGUCACAGCAGUCAGAGGAUGAGGAUGAGGACAAAGAUCCGGAAGACAUGACUGAGGAAGAGAUGAGGGCGGAGCUCAAGCGCGUACGCAGGCAAGACACUAUUAGGAUUAAGCGCGAACGCGAAGAAGAAAGCCAGGCCGGUGAUACCAUCCUCGUAGACGACGACGAAGUUCAAUGGGUUCGUACUCAGCCAACAAUAGUGAGUGGAGAAGGUACGCCGUGGCCCUAG